UACUAUAAUUCAUAAUAAACACAACAUUGUGCUUGUGGAACAUUUCUUCAGGAUCAGGAAUUUCUAGAAAAUUAUUUGCAAUUGCAAACUACCGAGGAAGCUGAGAUUAUAAUUCUAAAAUGAUUGAAAUUACUUGCAAUGAUCGUUUGGGCAAGAAGGUUCGUGUGAAAUGUAAUCCAGACGACACAAUUGGUGACCUCAAGAAGUUGAUAGCUGCCCAAACCGGCACAAAAUAUGAUAAAAUUGUUUUGAAGAAAUGGUACACAAUUUACAAGGACAGCAUAAAGCUAUCAGAUUACGAAAUUCAUGACGGAAUGAACCUGGAACUUUACUAUCAGUAGAUAAUACAACUUAGUUUAAUUUUUGCCAACAGCUAAAAUUUUAUACAUUUGCUAAUUUAUUUUAAAUAUGAAUGAAAAAACAAUUAACAAUAAACAUUUGAUAUAUU